CAAAUUCUGUGUCCCUCAGUAACAAUUCUGUGUCCCUCAGUAACAAUUCUGUGUCCCUCAGUAACAAUUCUGUGUCCCUCAGUAACAAUUCUGUGUCUGUCCCUAAGUAACACUUCUGUGGCCCUCAGUAACAGUUCUGUGGCCCUCAGUAACAGUUCUGUGUCCCUAAGUAACGUUUCUGUGUCCCUAAGUAACGUUUCUGUGUCCCUAAGUAACGUUUCUGUGUCCCUAAGUAACGUUUCUGUGUCCCUAAGUAACGUUUCUGUGGCCCUAAGUAACGUUUCUGUGGCCCUAAGUAACGAUUCUGUGGCCCUAAGUAACGAUUCUGUGGCCCUAAGUAACGAUUCUGUGGCCCUAAGUAACGAU